AUGCAUCACAAAGAGUACGAAGAGUAUGUAUCACAAAGAGGAUUUCAACAUGAUAUCUUUGUGGCUACUGCAUUGGUUGACAUGUAUGCUAAAAGUGGGAGUUUAGACGGUGCACAGAGAGUUUUCAAUGACAUGCCACGGAAAAAUGAAGUUUCUUGGAAUGCAAUGAUCGUUGGGCUUGCUUCUCAUGGCAAAGCAAAGGAAGCACUGUCACUAUUUCAGUGCAUGUUGGAUGAGGGUUGUGGUGCUUGUCCCAAUGAUAUAACAUUUGUAGCAUUGCUCUCUGCUUGUGUGCAUGCAGGCCUGGUUGAUGAAGGCUAUAGAUUGUUUGAUAUGAUGAGCACAUUGUUCGGAUUAGUGCCGAAAAUUGAGCACUACUCUUGCAUGGUUGAUCUUUUGGCGCGCGCUGGUCAUCUGUAUGAAGCUUGGGAUCUCAUUGAGAAAAUGCCUGAAAAGCCAGAUAAGGUCACAUUAGGAGCUUUACAUGGUGCGUGUCAAAGGCUGAAAAAUGUAGAUAUAGGUGAACGGGUUGGAUCCUUCAAAUUCUGGGAACUAUAUCAUCUCAUCAAAAAUAUAUGCAAAUUCGAAAAUGUUGGAAGAUUCAGCAAGGAUGAGAUUGUUGAUGAGACAAAAGGGUGUCAGUAA